AUAUAUAUUUUUUUUAAAUUGAAAGUUAUUUAUUUUUUUUUAUAGACAGGUGAAGAACCUUGAGCAUUAGGAUUAGCUAAUUUUUUGAAUUUAAAAUUAAAUUUAAAUGGUUUGGCUAUGCCAAAAUGGUAUUGUAAUGAACCAAUAGUGUUAGUAACGAAUUGGUUACAAGAUUUUCAACUUAGUGCUCAACAUCAUCGUAAUGCGAUGAAAAUUUUAUGUCUUAAACGUCCACAUUUUUAUUCUCCAAUAUUUAUUGACUUACCAACAAAAUAUGAUGACAUAUUUCAUAUGCAUAAUGAAUAUCGUUGUGAACAUUGUAAAAAAGUUUCAUCUAAUACAUUAUUAUGUCUUAUUUGUGGUGAAUUACACAUAAAACGUUGGUUUCCACCAUGUUGUGUUUAUCAACGACAAAGAUAUAUUCAACAUCUUGCAAAAUGUGGUCAUCCGGCUGCUAUUAUGCUUGAUAUUCAAACAACAUUAAUUGCUAUUUGUUUAACUGAUACAUAUGGUUAUUGGCAUUCACUUUAUCUUGAUCAACAUGGCGAAGAAGAUCCUAAACUUAAACGAGGUAAAACAUUAUUAUUGAAUUUAAAUCGUCUUGCUGUUCUUCGUACAUUAUGGUUAACAGCAACAUUUGAUUAUCAAAUUCAAAAUUGGUUAUCAUACACGUCGUUGAUGAUUAGUCAUUUUGAUGUAUUACUGUGA